AUGGCCGACGCAAACGUGUACUUCGGUGAUGACUUCGGCCAGAAGAUCGACCUGACAGUCCGUAUCCGCGAGAUCUUGCGCAAUUAUCCUGAGGGCACGUCGAUGUUCAAGGAAAUGGUGCAGAAUGCCGACGAUGCGGGGGCUACGGAGGUGAAUUUCUGUCUGGACUAUCGCCAGCAUGCAUCAACGGGGCUCGCGUACGAGAAGCUUGGGCCGUUCCAGGGCCCGGCCCUUCUGGUGCAUAAUAAUGCCACCUUCACUGACGCCGAUUUGCAGUCGAUCCAGCGCAUUGGUAACUCGCUCAAAAAGGACGAGUCGAUGGGGUGGAAGACUGGACGCUUUGGUGUUGGUUUCAAUUCUGUAUAUCACUUGACCGAUCUACCUUCGUUUGUCAGCGGUCGGCAACUAGUUUUCUUCGACCCUCAGGCUUGUCAUUUGCCAAACGUCAACCCAAGCAAUCCAGGCAAAAUGAUUGACUACAUUGCGCACCCCGAACUUGUGAACAACUUUCCUGACCAAGUAUCACCGUUCCGAUGUUUCGGGUGCAAUUUUGCUGAGCCGUUCGUUGGGACAAUUUUUCGCCUUUCGCUACGAACCAAAGAGCAAGCUCAGCGGAGCAGGCUGUCAAACCGUGCCCAGACGCCUGCACAAACGGCAGAAAUGCUCGAAGAAUUUGCAGAUACAUUGCCGAUUGUACUGCUGUUUUUGCGUAACGUGUGCAAAAUUUCGAUUUGGGAGUGGCGUUUGGACGAAAAGUCCCCUGUCAUCGUGCAGGAAGCAUUGAUCAAUGACAUGACGUCAGAGGUUCGACUGAAGCGGUCCUUACGCUAUACUAGCGUGGCCUUUUCCGCCCAAUCCAGCCGGAAUUUCUCUGCUGAAGGAACUUUGCAUGACUACCCAUUGAAAAUCAUAGCUCGCAAUGGUGCUACACAUAUGUCCAAGGAGCACGAUUACUUUAUCACGAAUCAGCUCGGUGGUGGGGAAUGCUCCAAGAUCGCAUGCAAUCCAGCCAAUGUCGAUCAGCGUCUGAUACCAUGGGGUGGAGUAGCUGUUUCAUCGAAUGCCGAUUCCACGAUUCGUGCUGCGUCUGGCCUGGCUUUCUGUUUCUUGCCCUUGCCAGCGCAUACGCACUUACCUGUGCAUGUCAACGGGUACUUUGAGCUGUCGUCGAAUCGUCGCGACAUUUGGUUUGGUGAGGGGUUAAGUGGAGAAGGGCUGCUUCGAGCUCGGUGGAACAUUGCGCUACUUCGUGAUGUGAUUGCACCGUGCUAUGCUCGGGCAAUCCUGCACCUGGCUAGUACACAACUCAUGAAUCCUGAUCAGCACGUCCAGCUGUUGCCACAAACUUUCCCGCCAGCACCUUGGGACACGCUGGCUUCUGCAUUCCUUUCGUUGAUUCGCGACAAGCCGUGUUUGUACAGUGACGUCGAAAGUGGUCGGUGGGUGUCUCCUGCAGAAAGUAUGGUCUUCAGCAGCGCCAACUCGAGCUCAAAGCAGAUCGAGCAGUCGAUGGUUGACGACGGUUUCCCUGUUGUCAGGAACUUGACAGAAGAUCAAGAGCGCGUGUUGAUUAAAACAACCACGAUUUCGUCAUACGCUGGACCGCAGACCGUGCGAGAGGCGUACAAAGCAAAGCAUUCUUGCCAUGCUGGUAAUCGAGAAGCUAUCAAAUGCUUGUUGGGCUUCAUGCUGAGCGAUCUUCAGCCAGCCCGUUUAAAUGCUCUUGUUGGUGUAAAUUUUCUCCCUGUCGCCGAUGGCACACUUCGGAAAUUUGAAAGCCGCCCCGGAUUUGAUCCUGCUGGACUUGCAUACUUGCAUUCAAUGGGUUUUUCGCGACAACACGCUAUUCACGCGCUUGUGGUCGCGGGUGAAGACGGUAUGAAAACUGCGCUAGAUUGGUUACUUCAGAACCCCAAUCCAUCGGUAGUGUGUCGUGAAGGCGCCGCUGUAACGUACUUCAUUCCUAGUCGAGAGGAAUUAACAUUACUGGAGAAAGCGCGUGGUUAUCUUGUGAGUGUUGAAACUUUAUCGCAAAGUGGUAUGAAUCUUCUUUCGUCCGACACAGCAGGAAAAACCCUCAAUGUGCAAAAACUGGACUACCAAGGGUUUGAAGAUAUGCUGGCAAUGGUCUUGCCAGCAGCGUGGUUUGGGAAGCCAUCGGUGCCUUGGACUGGCGGAGAUGAGCCAAACGAAGAAUGGUUUCGGCGCCUCUGGGAGUAUAUUGGCAAAAGCAAGCAUCUCUCUGCAUUCAAGGAGAAGUGGCCAAUUGUCCCAACGUCAUCCGAUAUGCUAGUGCAAUUGAGUCUUUCAGCAGGUGUGUUGAGUGUCGAAUGCAUACCUGAUGGUUGCCUCCGGUGCUUGCAUAAGCUACAAGUCCGUUUACUACUACCAGAGUUGUUUGCCUCAUUCCAACCGAAUCCAGACGUGUGGCAGUAUAUCCAUCAACCUACUGCUGUCGGUGUGCUGUCGUGUAUUGAAAAGGUCAUCGGUGAAGGAGGGAUACCGACACGUGUAAGUGAGAUGUUUGGAAACACCGAUAGUUCGGAUCGCGAGCACCUGCUUCGAUUUUUGAUAUCCGCCGUAGUUGAAGAGAUCGGGCCGAACCUCAAGCACAUUUGCUGCAAUUUGCCAAUUCUGCCGGGGUUUCGCGAUGCUACUUGCGCCGACGAGCCCGACGUUCGAUUGGUAGACGGCUACGAUAAUUUUGAAAGUAUGGACAGCGGGGUUUCUCCCGCGUUUGUUUCAGUUGCGGGGCUCAAGGCGCGACGUCUGGAACCAAUGUUUUGUGUGGGCACUGCUCUCGAAUUUCUCCAUGACAAUUUUGUACAUGUGAGCGAAGGUGAUGUCUUGUUGGCAAGUUUUCUGUCGCAUAUUGGUGUUCGACAGAUUUCACGAGUGACUUUUUUUGCAAAGCACCUCAUUCCUCGUAUCAACUAUGUCAAGCCCAAAACACGCGUCAAGUUCGUCUACGAGCUCUUGGUGGAACUACCUGUUCUGCUAGGAGAGGACAGUGACGGCGAUUUGCUAAAUGUCAUCGAGACUGCGGCAAUUUUUCCGACAAUGACAGGAGGCACCAAGUCAAUUAACGACUUGUACGACCCUGAGAUCGAUGAGUUUGCCGAAUUAAUGGACGAGUCAUUUUUCCCAGCCCUUGAGCUUCAAGACCCACGGCCUCUUUCUGCGCUGAGAUCGAUUGGCCUGCAGCGUGCUUUGUCGCGUCGGUCCAUUUUGUCGCUAGCUGUUUCGUUGGAAGAUAAGCAAACAGAGAUUUCGACAGCUAGUGCCAACGUUGACCAAGUUGCUGCGUUCGAUGAAAUGUGUAAGAAGCUACGCGUACGUUCCGCGAACUUGUUCCAAUAUGUGAACACGCACAUGGACCAACUGGUGACUCCGUCACCGCUCCAAAUGCAAGUGCAGACUUGUACAACGAAAGGUAAAAAGGUCAAGGGCAUUCGCUUUUUGCGAAACGUUUUGGGUCACGACCGUUUGCGUGGACAUGAUGCACCACGCGAUAUCGUCGUGCCUACCGCAGAAGCUGUGGAGAAGCAAGCAAUCGAGGAGGCCGAGAUUGACGAUUUCAAAGCCAAAUUAGGACUCAUUGCCUGGAUCCCAGUUGAGGGUGGUGUGGAGGCAUUUGGUCAGACGGAAGUGCUGACAAAGCGGAUUGCGCACAUAUUGGAGCAAUAUCCUGACGGACCAAACAUCAUCAGCGAGCUCAUUCAGAACGCGGAUGACGCGGGGGCAACUCGCGUGUGCGUGCUGUACAAUAGCUGUUCAUACGGAACUUCGUCCUUGUUGAGUCCAGCCAUGGCAAAGUGGCAGGGGCCUUCAUUAUUUUGCUACAACGAUGCUGAGUUCAGCGAUGGGGAUUUCAUCAACCUUGCCCGCAUUGGUCAAGCCAGCAAACUGCAACGUGCAGCUACAACGGGACGGUUUGGACUAGGAUUCAACUCGGUGUACCAUUUCACGGACCUGCCUUCAAUUGUUUCGGCCAAGUCUAUUGUUAUGUUUGAUCCUCAUGCCACCCAUUUGCCUGGAAUUUCAGCUGCCAACCCAGGAAUCAAGAUUCGUUUUGCACAAUCCAGCAUCGUGAGACAGUUUCCGGACCAGUUUGCACCGUACAAGGAUGUAUUUGGAUGUGAUUUGGAGCAGCAUUACAAGGGGACUUUGUUUCGAUUCCCGCUUCGAAAUAAUACUCUUGCAGAGUCCAGUGAAAUCAAGCGUCGGGGCUACUCUCAUAGCGAGAUUGUGGAAUUGUUCAAAAGCUUUCAGGGAUCGAUCAUUGACUCGAUGUUAUUUCUCCGAAACGUUCGCAAAGUGGAGAUAUAUCUUCAAUCAGAGAUCGGCCAGUCACCCACGCUUCUCUACGGUGCGGAAGUACCUGAAGAAGAUCGUGGUGAGUCGUGGCGGGGCAUUGAUCGAUUUAUGCAACAUGACGAAGUUUCGGGAAAUGCAGCCGGUGUGCCGGGGCUAACCGCUAAGAGAGAGUUCUACGCGCGUUUGCAAUCCACACCCGCAGAUAAGCUACCUUCGGUGACCCAGGUGCUACGCAUUCGGCGAUUGCAUCGAAAGGAGUUGGCGAUCUUAUUCGAUCGGUUUAGUGGCGAGCAAAGGAAUCUUGAGACUCAAACGGUGGAAGCAGAAGAAGAGAAUCAGAUGGACGAGACUGUUGAAAAGUAUUUGGUGUGUAACCAAAUUGGUGGCGGAAAAGCUCGCGAGAUGGCUUGCGCCGCUGAAAACGAGUCGUUGAAGCUAAUUCCUUGGGUUGGCAUUGCUGGUCGCGUUGAUGGAGUUGCUAUUGAAGGGCGAGCAUUCUGUUUUUUGCCCCUUCCGGUACGAGUUGGUUUGCCCGUUCACAUCAAUGGUUACUUCGAGCUGUCCUCGAAUCGGCGCGAUAUUUGGACAGGCGAUGACAUGAGCGGCGACGGAAAGUUGCGCUCCGAGUGGAAUUUAAAUCUAUUAGUAGAUGCGGUUGCUCCUGCGUAUUUGACUUUUCUACUAAAAGCGAAAGCCAUGUGUGAGAAUCGCUCUCAGUAUUUUUCGUUUUUUCCCACAAACGUACCGACCAUUCCAUGGGAUGCCAUCGCCCUCGAGCUCUUUCGAAUUAUGAAAGACCAGCCGAUGUUUUUUGCGUCCGCGACUCAACUGAUGGAUCACGCAGCUGUGGAGGUUUCUGAAAGAUCUGUCGCUCCCAGCGCCUGUGUUUUGGUUGAUGAUACUCUUGACAAUUGGAAAGUCCUCGAAGCUGCCCUGCAUGCCGCGUCACUGGUGACGGUGCAUAUUCCGGCGGCCCUGCACAGCGUAUUGGUUCAAGUUCAUGCAGUCUACGGAGUGAUGACGCCUGCUUUCUUUCGGCAGCUGACGGGACAGGGAAACUUCCUACCUAGUUUGAAGCCAGACAUUCUCAAACAAGUUGUUCAGUUUUGCUUGUCGGACUGCAAAGGCUCGCUGAGUUUGUGUGCGGAAGCACUCGACCAACAACCGAUACUGCCCCUGAAGGAUGGAAACUUCGAAAAGAUUCGUUUCGACGACAUGAAAAUGGAAAGCAAUGAAUUGGAGCUGCAAAGCAAAAGACUGCACGUGACCUACUGUUUCGAGAGUGCUUUAGAGGAACGACUUUUGGACGCUUUUCCGCAAUAUGUCGUCCGUGGCGAAUUCAAAGAUCUAUUUGAUCAAGUGCCAUUUGUAUACGAGCAUACGAAUCUUCGAGUGGUAAAUCUCGAAGCGAUCGCGAACCUCUUUCUACCCGACGUGCUCGGUAACUGUUGGAGUAAGACUGAGGAGGGAGUGUUUACUUUUCAGCCAUCGUCUCAGGUGAAGGUGACUCAAGACAAGAAAGAUUGGAUUCGUCUGUUGUGGAAGUAUGCGGAGGCUCAGUUACAAAGUAUUGGACAUCUGCCUCAAGCCUUUACGACUUGGCCAUUAUUGCCCGUUACAUGCGAUGGUGAAAACCGAUGGGUUUGUCUAGGCGCAACUGUUAGUCUUGUCCUUCCUCAUCUGGAGGCGCCCGCACUACCGCCGCAGGAACUUCACCAGCUGCAACACACGCUUGCAAAAGUGGGCAUCUAUGUUAUCGAUACGACGUACGUAAGCGGCAAAAGGAGUGCGCAGUGGUUGCUGGCGCACAAAUAUGCGCACAGGCUGACUUCAACAGGUCUUCUGGCAGCUCUAAGCCGCUACCAGAAUCGCCAUCAACAGCAAAGUUUUGGCGAGAUAUUUGCUCAUGCGACGUCUGCUGAUCGACAAGUGCUGUGCAAUUUUUUCACGCAAAGUGCGUACAAUACUGUGUCAAAAGACUUCAAGCCAGUCCUGUUCGAGCUCCCGAUAUUUCCCGUACACAGCAAGUCAAUGUCGGUUGCCGCUAGUGCUGAUCAGGACAACGGUGUGUCUUUCGUUAGUCUGAGACGAGGGGGCUAUUUACCGGACACGGAGGCCGAUAUCAGGAUUCUUAGUGGCUCCUUUUUUCGUGCUGAUAGCGAAGCAACGAGGAAAUUCCUUCGUGACUGCGGGAUCGAAGAAUUGAACUACACGGCAAUCUUGUUGGAUCACGUUUUCCCGCAUUUGUCAGUGUUCGAUCGACAAGGUGAAGACUUGGUCGAUUCAGUGAUCAUCAGUGCGCUCGAAACGCUUCCGUUUCAUCAGCGAAAUGACACUCGAUUUCGCGAGAUCGUGUCAACUCGUGCCAUCAUUCCUUCCAGAAAACGGGUCUUUCGAGCAAUUAACCAGCUUCAUGAUCCCAAUGUGAGCGAGCUGAGUGAGCUGGUAGGCGAAAACAGCCUGCCUGCUCACGCUUUUUCGACCCCGCCCAUCGUUGAGAUUCUCCGGUCACUGGGACUUCGUACUGGAUUAUCGUGUCACGCGGUGCUGGAAAGUGCACAUUCUAUUGAGACGAUGUAUCGAGAGGACGAUGAAGAUGCUGUGGACCGUGCUUGUCUCAAAGCGCACAGUCUGCUCACGAUUGUCAACAAGCACUUUGAUUCCAUGACGGGGGAGUCCAGCUUACGCAGUGAUUUGACGAGUGAUCAGGAUGGUCACGAUGGAAAGGAAGCUAUACUGGAAGUUGUGGCAGCUCUAAAAGAAAUCCAGUGGCUGCCAGUUCUUGCUGAUCCACCGAACCCCGCUAUGCCAUGGAGAAGCUCAGCUUCGAGUGGCGGCCAGCGGGAGCUUCUUUCGAGUGCCUUGAACAUGCGCCCGCUUAAAGACGCGUGGUUUUGCUCGUCGUCGUUGAAUGUGUUGGACGGUGAAUUGACUUCGGAACAACUCAUGGCCGCAUUCGGGUGGAAAGAGAAAGUAGCCCCUUUCGUAGUUGCAAAGCAGCUCGAGGCAAUCGGCGCGCUGUGGGAAGAAUACUGUCUAAGGAAAGACAGUGAAGCUUUGCUGUUGUCUCCUCCUUCACCCAACUGGCGUUUUCCUUUAUCGGAGGUUCAUAUGAUGUAUGAAGACUUAGAAGAUUAUCGACUGGCGGACGAAGAGGGGUGGACGGUGUCACCUUUGUAUCGCAAGUUGGCAAAUGCUUUGUGGAUCUGGACUGGUAAUAGUUUCGCGUACCCGUGCCAAAUUGCAGUGACGGCGGACGCCAGCCUUGAGCCGCUUUUGUACUGCUGCCCAAGCGAGCAUAUCAUCCCGCGAUCGCUUCUAGCUUCUUUUGGUGCCAAAGAAGCUUUUGUUGUGGUCGACUACUUGGAAGCCAUCAUGAGGCUACCACGACACGAAGUGUUGAGGGCGACGCAAGUUGCAGCAUGUCUAAAGAUCUAUGAGAUUGUCUCGAAGGACACGCCAUCAUUAGUGUCAGCUCUUGAUUCAUUUGCGUCACAAGAAAUGGUAUUACUAGAUCAGGCAAACCAACUUGUCCCUGCCGCACGGCUAACGUUCGAUGACAUGGAAUGGGACGAAUCCCGAGAGGUUCGAAGGGGAGUGACAUUCGUGUCAAAAAAAGUUCCCGAGACUGUUGCUCGUCUGCUUGGAGCCACAUCACUACACUCGAAGCUGGCUCAGACGUCGGUGAGUAGUGUCAAUGUCACCUGUCCUUCCGUCGUUGCACUACAGAAAAUGCUACCACCUCAAUCAAAGUGGCAUCAAAGGUUUUUGUGGGAAACGAUUCGAGCAGCCGAGCAACUCGGAGGUACGCAAGUGGACUUUUCGAUGGAUUUCCGUCGCCAUGCUUCACAGCGUGUGAUCCAGCCGUCGCUGCAGCCUCUGCAGGCCGAAGCUAUCUGCAUCCACAUCCACGACGUAGUUCUGAGCGAAUACGACAUUGAGAAUUUGUCCUGUAAAGAUUCAUUGCACGCAGGACUUUUAUGUGGGUUUUUCGCGUCGGACUGCAUGCAGAUACUAAGUGGAGAGGGGUUCUACAUCCUGGACCCAACAGCGUGCUACCAGGCGUCGUCUGUCGGCCCAACGUCAGCAUCGGUGUCGGCGUCAGAUCGAGCGACAAGUAUUGGUCGACGCUAUGAAGUGCUUAGUCACGACUUUGUGCGGUAUCCAGACCAGCUAUUGCCGUUCACGUCCCUUCCGUAUUGUCCAGGCAAUGUCUCGCGGGGAACAAGAAGUACUUUGAUUCGAUUUCCGUGGCGUAAAACGGCGUCGGCUCUUUCGUCUUACAUAUUCGAUUCGGGGGAGGCUGAAUCACUGAUUGCGUUUGUGAAGUCACAGCUGUAUCAGACGUUAAUUUUCACAGAGACCGUUCACCAUCUUUCACUUUGGAGUUUAGGUGCAGUAUCUGAGUUCGCAUCUCAAUGCCAUGGCGAGGUAUCGCUUGACGUACCCGAGCGUACUCUCCGAAAGCGCAAUAUGACACGCAAGAAUGAAGAGUGGAAGAAGAAAUUUUUCCUACAAAGCUUCUUCAAGAGUGCGGUGAUUCCAGAGAACCAAAUGGAGUUCGUUGUCAAUCUUGAAGUGGAAAAUAAACGAUAUCGAGACACAUGGAUUUUCGCGGAUAACAACGGAUCGGGAAGAAGUCGCGAUUUGGCAUGCACUCCAACUCACGAGAUGCUUGGUUCGACUCCGUACGUUAGCGUGGCAACCCAUAUCUUCCGUGACGGUAGCCCAGCUCCGCAUCUACAUGGCCAUGUGUACGAUAUCAUAGACACUGGUCAGCAGGUGGGGCUCCCGGUGCACAUCAAUGGCUGCUUCAAGAGGACUAUGAUGAACAAGAACCUUGCCCUGGCAUUGUCCACAAGGCAGGGUGGUCGAGGAGAUGCUAGGGGUACAAGCGGCAGUGAGCAAGAGGUUGCAGCGGGUUGGAAUUGUAUUCUACUGGAAGAUGGUGUUUCAGAUGCGUACGUGAAGCUGCUUUUGAUUGCAAAGCGGCGUUACGCACCAAAUGCUCCUAGGGCACUCUACAAUAUAUGGCCGGCAUUCCAAAAGGGGCGAGGAGCAAGGGAGCUCGGAACGAUUGUGCAGACGCGUACAUACCAUUCAAUUGCAACGCGGGAGUUGUUUUUCUGCACCGAUGGUGUAUUUCGCUCAUUAAGCAGCGGAUACCAGCUAGAUUCGAGUGGCAUGAACAUUCAGGUGGCAUCCUUUGCUCAACUCCAUUUUCCAGCUUUCGACGUACCGACAAGAAUACUGCAAGAUUGUUCGCAUCUCUUUCCCUCGCGCAUGUCCUUGGUAACGCCAAAAGUGAUGCGUCGAUUUCUGAGAAGCGUGAGCAGUUCCGAGGUGUUCUCGGAUGUCUGCUUAUCUUUGCUGGAGUAUUGUCUGAGUGAUUUACCGUUUCCGUUGCCAUGUGAGACGGAUCCUAUAUGGACAGAAUUUCAUGGACUUUCCUUACUUCCUCUAGAAGAUGGGAGUGUUGGUGUGCUACGAGUAAAUCAUCGUCGCACGAGCUACGUGCUUGCCUCGUUCAACCAAAUCGAGUUGCUUAGACCAUUGGGCCACCGGUUUGUAUCUCUGGCAGCAUCCCGACGGCUUCACAAGUUCUUCUCGAAAAGUCGGUUUGCCUCCGUUUUUGGGCUGGCUUCUUUUUCCAUCAAGAUCCUGUCGGAUUAUAUCGAGCGAAUAUUGCCACCGUUCUGGAAAAACCAAACUGUUGUUGACUGGGAUCCGAGGUCGCCGAUUGAAAUCGACCGUCUGUGGUUAUACCGCUUUUGGCAGGAAGUGCAUCUUGAGCGCCGUUCUCUCGGGUAUUUUGCGCGCUGGCCAUUGAUUCCCAUAAAAGGAUCGCGGCUGAUUUCUUGUAGUAAAAUGGACAUGGUUCUUUGCGUAUGGGAUGAUUCUGCAGACAGAGACAUAUCUGCAGAAGCUGCCAAGGCAUUUGUGGAUUCUGCUUUACAGCAAGAGAGUAAGUUGGCUGACAUCGACGCUGAGCAUAGACGUUUUGUAGAGCUUAGCGCUGCAAAAUUUGACAAUGAAGACGAAGUUGCGGAUGAGAGUACUUUUGAUGGGCAGGAAAGCGUUGCAUAUGAUGGAGAACACGGCAACGAUGAGGUUGCAGAUGAGAUGGUAUCCGUUUCUAACGAAAGUCUGUCAAGCGGAGAAACGAAUCUGUCGAUCUCCCACGUACAAAGUGCAAGCACUGCACCGCUUUCGCCUCAAAACGGUGAACUCCCUUCGAAUCUAAACGACUUGCCAGGAUACCAAGACUCUGAUGAAGUCGUUCCUCUGUCAGCCGAAUCAACGUCCGUGGUGUUGGAGAAUGUCAGAAAUGACGACGAAGCCAGUGUCGAUGACGCUGAAGGUGCUGAAGUCGGUGAAGGUUUCUCUAUUUCCGCGUACGCAAUGGAAGACGAAUCACACGAGUCGUGUAGCCGGGAAACACUCCAUAACGUCCUCCUGGAUUUGAAUGUGGCAAUGAUGGAGCUCGCGUAUUUUAAGGGCCAAGAGCACGACAUUGUUCCGCGAAGUGCCGAUGUGGGUCGAGUCGUUCUUGACGGGAUUUUUGCCUCGAUAUGGAGCGAUCUGCGCUGGGAAGGGUUGAGUGAAGCACGUGCAGUUCUGAUUGCCGAGUUCUUUUGUCACCAUGGCAACGCUCACGGUGGAUACAACCGUAUUCAGCUUGAAAGGGUGAAACAGCUGCCGAUUUUUGUGAACAUUUGCAAUGAACUCUGCGCACUUAGUGGCGGAUUACAUUAUUUUCUAAUUCCACUGGAACUCAACUUGACCGACAUUCCGCUACCUCCUGAUGCACAGCAAUGCUUUCUCAAAAGCAAUCCAAACUUGAACGCUUUUUACCAAGAACUUGGCGUGGUGGAAAUGAGCGAUAGCAAGCUCCUGAUCUACGUACUACCGAUGUAUAGUGAGUUACCGAUAGCGCAGCGCAAUCAGGUAUUGCAGAUUAUUUUACGGAAGUGGCAAUCAUUACGCUCUGAUGCUGACUUGACCUCCUUGCUUAGCACGUCGGCUUUGUUUGGCGAUGGUGAGAGUGAAGACGGGGACUGUUAUCCAGCAAGCUCUUUCUGCGAUCCGCGCAAUAGUGUCCUUGCCACCAUCUAUCACGGUGUCCCCGGACGAUUUCCUGCUCAACGCUACCAAACGCUCGAGUGGCUGGAUCUCAUGUCUGAGAUAGGGCUGCAAACUGAAGUGACCGCCGACAUCUUUGUGGAGUGCGCGGAACGCAUUGAUAGACAAUGCUCGGGUAAGCAGGCUCUCUCAGCCGACGACGAGCGGCUCACAACAGCAUUGCAUCAAUUUUUUGUCCAGAAUUAUGAUAAGUUUGACCGGUCACGAUCAUUUUUCGAGCGGAUUGCGCCGCUGGCGUUUGUCCCUGCCAUCUUGUAUGAAGCAUCGGGCGUGCCGGGGUUGAAUCAGAGCUCACGAAACUCUUCAGGAAGCUAUACACCGUGUUCUGUUGUGCGCAAGUACUCUGAUUGCGCUAUACCAGAUGACCAGGCGCUAGUGUAUACAACAAUGCCAAUUUUGGCGAACGUAGCGCUACCACCACGCGUACUUUUUAGUCGCUUAUGCAUUAAGUCUCCACCGCCUCAAGACCAGGUCGUCUCUCAUUUGCUGUCCAUUACGCAAAGCAACUGUGCUACGUCAUCAGGAUCUCUGAAUUGGCAAUUCUUCAUGCCCGUGGAGAAGGUAUUCCAGGCAAUCUUUGGCUUUUUGCAGGAAAACUGGGAUAAACUCGGAUCAGAAACACAGGAGCGUCUUACUGCUGCGGUGGUCAUCCCUGUUGGCUCGACGCUUGUAAAGGGCUCUCGCUUGUUCUUUCAUUUGGGCGAAAAUCUAGCUCCACUACUGUAUGAAGUACCUCGGAUGUUCGGCGCAUACGACGCGCUAUUUCGUCGCAUGGGGUCUAAGGAAUCUCCGACAGUGGACGACUAUAUUCGUUUGCUGUCUGAUCUCAAUGUAGAGUGCUGUGGCCUUCCGUUGAACUUGAACGAACUCAUUGCAGCUGCCCGAUCAGUCGAUCUCCUCGUCGCUGCCAUGAACGAUUCCAACCGUCGCCUCUCCAUAGAUGAGAAAAAAAGUAUCUUUCUUCCUUCAGGAAACGCAGUGAUGCGAUCAAUGUUGGCGAUGGCUUACAACGACUCAGCGGCUCUUUGCUCAAGUAUUGAUCUCACACAAUUGCCUGUGGUUCAUCCCCGAAUAAGCACGAGGUGUUGCAAGAUACUGGGGGUGCCAGGAGCCACUACCGUUGUGACGGAAGAGCUAGCUGGUGGUGAGAACAUGAUAGAGAUGCUGGUUAGUGACGACAUCGCACACUUCACUAGUGUGUUGGCUUCGCAGCCGUUCGCUGAUGGCUUGCGGACGAUCAUUACCACGCAACAACAAAAAGCAUCCUUGUAUGAUGCGUUCGGGUUCGUUCCUGACUUUGAAGACCUGAAUCUUCGGAUCUUGAGCUUAGCGACAUUCGAAGUCAAGUGCGUGACAAAGCUGCGCUCGCGCUUCAUCGCAAAGCUGGAUUGCCCUCCUCGUAGAAUCGACGUGACCAAGACCACACGCAUGGGCAGCUUAUCUUUCUUGGACCAAACGAGUAGACGGAUUUACAUUGCAAAGCGCACGCUCGAAGGGCGUCGCGAUAUGGGACUGCGCGCGAGUUACUUGGUGGCACGAUGCGUCAAUCAGGUCCUCGGCGGCAUUCUGCAAGAUUGCUCCGUGCUAGAGUCCAUAUUAACAUGUGACGAAGUCGAGAUUCCGGAAGUGCUGCAACGGCUUGAUGUGUACGAAGACCCUGUGUUGAUCGAGGAAAAACUUCGAGGAGUAUUGGGCCAGUCUCUAUGUGAGGCAGACCGUGCUAAUGUGGAGCUGGCUCCGUUGCGCUCUUGCUUGCCUGGCGAACUUGUCGCUAUAGGUGGCAGAGGCGGAACUCUGUACUACGGCAAAAUUCUGCGGGAAGGACCCAGUGAUAUUGCAGGUGUGAGUCAGUAUGAUGUAAGAGUUGAUAGCUCGGCUACCCGGCGGAUGUUAGCUACCGAAGUGUACUUUUUCCGGUCCGCCCGCGUACAGACCAGUAGCCGCUUCGAUGCUGCGGUCAGCGAGCCGUCUGAACGGCAAGCAGAAGACGUUGUGGCUGGCCAGCGUGAGCCUGUUGUGAUGCCAUCGUCCGUCGUAGCGAUUGUUCCUGGAGCCGACGGCAGUGAACUUAUGUCGGAUGUCGUUAUCCCAGCGCCAGCGGUCUCCUCUGCCAAUGUCUUGUCGGCCGUCAACGACCUGCUGUCUCGCCUGAAUGUGACGCUGGACAUGAGCGUGGAAGACCUGAUGGCCGAGAACCUGCAAACGCAGCGUCGUCUGGAGGUGGCGGAAGACGGUCGCCGCGCAGCUGAGACGCAGAUCGACUCAAUUAUGCGUGAGAAGAAGGAGUUACUGGACGCGCUCAUUUGCGCUGUCUGUCUCGAAAAUCAGGUCAAUCGCGUGCUCAUUCCGUGUGGUCACGUCUACUGCGCGUCUUGCGUAGAGCAACUACCGCGCCCGUCGUGCCCAAUCUGUCGCCAGAAUAUCGCCUCCAGCUCCGUCUUCCACGUACCGUCGUAG